ACCUCCAGAUUUACUGGAAGAAAGUCACAGGACACUCACGUGUCCCGGGCCCAGAGAAAAUUUGCAAUGACCUCGCGGACUCUUUAGCCAAGAGUGGUGCCGUAGACGGCUCUCAGUGGUCCUUCGACCCAUCAUGGCUAGUCAAAGUUCAGUCAACACAGCCUAAUGUUGAAGUAACAGCAGUUACACGGGCUCAAGCUGUAGCCGAGGAGGCUGACAACACAGUCUCGGUGCAACCGAUGCUGUCUGACCCUGUGUUGUCAGCCUCCUCGGCUGCAGCUUGA